CGUACAGCCUCUUGCUGCAUAUACCUAGACGAAGCAGCCGCCUGUGGAUCUCUCUCUGUGUCUCCUCCAGGAUACAAACAAAAGAAGAAGAAGAAGAAGAAGAAGAAGAAGAAACACAUCAGACUUUCGUACCUCCACCUCUCUUUCGCACGCAGACAAACAUUUGUGCAUUCUGCCUUUACCUAACCUCGCACGCGUCCUCUGCAUCCCCCCCCACACCCCCUCUCUCUGUCUCUCGCUGUCUCCUUCUUACAUGCAAACACACUCCUUCUUCUCUCAGACGGAGGAGCGCUAAAGGGAUUGGCGUGGCUCUUGGCGCUUGGCUCCUGGUCCUUGGCUCGGAGGGAAGCGGAGCGGCAGAUGGCGAUGUGAAGACGGGCUCAGCCAGGAGUGACUCUGCCGCACCAUGGCUGACAACGACCGGGUGCCACAGGACGUGGGAUUUGACCUGAUCAUGUGAUCUGACUCCUUCGCCACUUCCCUGCCAUCUCUCAUAGGGGCAUCAUGACCCGCCGGCUGAGUAGCUCCACUCGUUCCCACACUGAGGACUCCAUCUUCCUGAGACCUGACGAGGACCCCGUCUGGCUAGAUGAGCCGAUAAAGACUGAAAAAAUCGGCGACAGGGCCCCUAAAAAAGUUGGGCUCCCAGAAUGUAAAGACGGACCCACGGAGGGCCAACGCUCAGAGGGGGAGAAAGUGUUUCUACAUAAGGUCUACGCGCUGGUGAUUGAGAUCCACUGCUGGGCCGCACUGUUUAUCGUCUCCCAAGUUACGGGCUACUGGGUGUUUUUUGUGGCGGAGGGAAAUGGACCACUCUCGUCCAUCUACAAAGCCCUGCAGGUCAUCGAUUUCUACCUUGGCUUCAUCUUGCCCUGCCACCCGAUUUUUGGAAUGGAUUCUAUGGUGUUGAUGAGAGAGGUGGUAAACACCAAAGAGCACAACUGGAUCGUCCAUAGCACCGCGGGCAUCGGUGUAGCCAUCUGUGUUAUCAUGGUCGUCCACAUGGUGUGCAAGUGGCGCUACGGCACGGGCCUCUGGUCAUCAGGAACGGUGUCGAGGGACAUCGGUGACCGCCGUCAGUCGGUGAGCCGCCAGCCUUCCUUCACCUUGUCAGAAUGGACGGACGCCCAGGAGGACCUGCUGGACCUGGACCCUGUGCCCCAGACCCCGGUGUUUGACAUGGGCAACGACACCAGGACGGAGGGAGAUGCCGCCACCCUCACCGUCACACCUGUGGGGCUUCAGGAGAGGAGAGGAUCCAACGUUUCCCUGACCUUGGACAUGUGCACACCAGGCUGCACCGAGCCCUACGGCUACGGAGCUCAGCUCUCUCCCAGAGACCAGUCGGCCCAGGAGUACCUCCGGCAGGGAACACAUGUCCUGACCCCUGCCAUGCUACACACAAGGGCCAUGGAUGACCAGAGCCUGCAGGCUGAGUUUUAUGAAACUCCCAUGAACUUUGUAGACCCUAAGGAAUACAAUUACCCAGGCCUGGUGAGAAAGAACCGCUACAAGACCAUUUUACCCAACACACACAGCAGAGUCGUCUUAAAGUCACAGGAUGAGGAGGAUUUUCUCAUCACUUAUAUCAACGCUAAUUAUCUCAAAGGUUACGGGGGUGAGGAGCGCGCAUACAUUGCCACCCAGGGUCCCACUGUGAACACGGUGGGAGACUUCUGGAGGAUGGUGUGGCAGGAGAGAAGCCCAAUCAUAGUGAUGAUCACCAACCUGGAGGAGAAGAACGAGAAAUGUGCAGAGUAUUGGCCCGAGGACACUGUGACCCACGAGGGCAUUGAGAUCUCCAUCGUCACGGUAACCCAGGAGGACGACUACAGUCUGAGGGUGUUUACGCUGAAGUGCGGGGAAGAGGAGCGCAGCCUGCGGCAGUACUGGUACACCUCCUGGCCCGAUCAGAAGACCCCAGACAAGGCUCCCCCUCUGCUGGAGCUGGUGCAGGAAGUGGAAAGAGCCAGAGAGGAAGCCCCACCUUCCACUGGCCCUAUAAUUGUCCACUGCAGCGCCGGAAUCGGUCGAACUGGCUGCUUCAUCGCCACCUCCAUCCUGUGCAAGCAGCUGAGGACCGAGGGUGUGGUUGACAUCCUGAGAACCACCUGCCAGCUCCGUCUGGACAGAGGUGGCAUGAUCCAGACGUGUGAGCAGUACCAGUUUGUGCAUCACGUCCUCAGCCUGUACGAGAAGCAGCUGUCUCACACCGCUGAGGAGUAGAGUGAGCGCUACAGCCACACCCAGACCGAGACACACCACUGUACACGGUACCGCCUCCGGUGGUACGCACCACUGUACCUAGCAUCAUCUCAAUCUCACCCUUUAACGAGUUCAGACCAUGCUAAUCUCUUCAUCCGACAACAGGCUCAGACGGGACUGGAUCGUUGACUGACAUGAAAUCUGUGCUUAUGUCUUUGGGCAGAACAAACGUAGGAAACAAUUAAAAA